AUGGCAGCACUUACAAUAGUAUUGGGUACCUACGAGCGACUCCUGUAUGGCCUGACUGUAUCUGGACUGCAGGAGGAGACGAAUGCAGUGUUCAAGCCUGUUUUUAUUUUUCCAGCUCACAUAUCUGCACUCAAAUGUGUCGCUACCACGUCGAAUACUACAACCAAUAGUGAUGUCAAACUCGCUCCCAAUGCUAGCAAACGCUCUUAUUUGGCCACUGGAUCAACAGACGAACACAUUAAAGUAUUCGACCUAAACCGACGUCGAGAAAUCGGAACCCUCAAUCCUCACUCUGGUGCCAUUACCCGCCUACAAUUCUUUGGCAAAACACAUCUCGUAUCGUCCUCUGAAGAUGGAACUAUAGUCAUAUACAGGUGUAAGGACUGGGAAGUGCUGAAGACACUUAAGGGACAUACAGGCGCUGUAGAAUGGUGUGAUAUACAUCCCAGUGGCAAGAUACUGAUAUCUGCUGGUCGAGACGGCACGCUCAAAGUAUGGGAUUUGGGAGCUGGGAGGUUGGCCAAGUCACUACGAAUCACAGAACUUGGGGAGGGUCGACGAGGCAAGACUCCUGAACGAGUGUCUUGGUCUCCGGAUGGUGAAGCGUAUGCUGUAAUGUCGGAAAAGACGAUUGUCGUGUAUGAUGUUGCGUCUGGUCGUGAGGAGGCUGUUAUACUGGGUAUUGGCAAACUCGCUUGUAUGAAGUAUGUCGCUAUGGGUAGCAGUGAUAAGGAGCAGCACGUCAUACUAACUGGUGGUGAGGACAAGAUGAUUCGAGGAUAUCUCAAAGACGGAACAUGUAUAAUAGCGUGGAAUUCUGGACAUGGGACUCGCGUCAAGGAUUUCGAUGUCAUUACGUAUAACAGCAAGACGUAUGUUGCUUCUUGCUCUUCGGAUGGCGGUGUCAGGCUAUGGGAUUGGGAUUCAGUGCUGUCGCAAAAGCCACCGUCAAUUGAUGACAAGGCCGAACAAUCAGUCUACGAACCACAACCACUCGGAACAUAUAAUGCAGACACUCGCCUCACUUGUAUAUCGAUGACCCUCGUUGAACCAUCCACCACAUCCCAUAACGCAGAAGAAGACUCUGAAGAUGCAGUAUCUGAAUCAGAGGACUCUGAUGACGAUGAUGAUGAACAACCGAUAAAGCAAACCAAUAACAAUAGUAAGAAGGGAUCCAAACCACGAGUGUCUGUUAUACUAGAUGAAAAGACUGAUAAGAGGAAGCUGCUGGAAUAUGAUGAUGCUGGGCUCGUGAGUGAAGACAAGAUGAACAAGAAGCAGGUGCCAAAAGUACCAGCUAGUGGUAAUAAAAGGAAGCAAGCACCAGCGAAAGAUCUAGGCAGGAAUAAGAAGAAACAAAAGAGUCAAAAGAAGAAGAGUGGUGGGGAUGUGGAUGAUGAAUAG